CUUCGAGUCGCUUCUAACUUGGACAAGUGCUUUCCUGCCUGUGCUUAUGACGGGCUCCUCAGGAAUAGUUCUGGCAGACGAUGACGAUGACCUCGAUCACGGCUACUGGGAUGGAGUAGCAAGGGUACUGGGUCCCCCGUGGACGCGUUUGCCGUCCCUUACCAUUGGCUUUCUCGGUGUGCAGGUCCUUUGGUCAGUCGAAAUGUCUUAUGCCUCCCCGUACCUGGUGUCCCUCGGAAUGUCUAGGUCGGGAAUGGCCGCCGUGUUUCUUGCUGGCCCUUUGUCCGGUCUCAUCGUUCAGCCCUUGAUAGGUAUCAUCGCCGAUAACUCGAAGUCGCGUUUUGGUCGACGGCGACCCUUCAUUUUUGCUGGAGCAGUACUAUGUUGCUGCGCAACCCUGUUGCUUGGAUAUACCAAAUCUGCUGCAUCUAUCUUUGCACCCAGUGGGUCAUUGACGCAUAACGUUUUCACUGUUUGGCUUGCCGUGUUAGCCAUUUAUGGCAUCGAUUUCUCAAUAAAUGCAGUCCAAGCACUUGACCGUGCUCUUAUCGUUGACAUACUUCCCACUUCCGAGCAACCGAACGGGAACGCCUGGGCAGGUCGUAUGGUUGCUAUUGGCAGUGUGGUGGGAUUCUAUGUUGGCAAUAUCGACCUUCCUUCCAUCUUUCCAUUUCUGGGCCACGCUCAACUUCAAGUCGUUUCCGUGAUUGCAUCUUUCUUACUGCUCAGCACGCAUAUGUGGGCAGCCUGGUGUGUGAAGGAGCGCGUCUUGGUCGCCACUCAUGGCCCUACCAAGACACUUGGACAGCAGGUAAUAGAGUUGUGGCAUACUUACCGCCGCCUGCCGCUCACCAUCUAUCGGAUUUGUCUCAUCCAGUUUUUCUCAGCACUUGCCUGGUUUCCCGUUCUUUUCUACACUUCUCUGUAUAUCGGAGAGCUUUAUAAGCGCUCGUUGCCAGACACUGUGGCUGACGAUGCCGACGUCGAUGCGGAAGCAACACGUUUAGGGAGUCGCGCACUGUUUUACAGCGCCCUAGUUGCGCUCGUUGCUAACCUGGUCACGCCUUUUUUCGUCACUCAGGAUGAACCUGGUGUCAAGGCAAGCAUAGUACGGGGAAGCAGAUGGCGACAAUGGAUUAAAGUGCCAAGGAUCCGUCUCGUGACGCUCUGGGCAUUUUCGCAUGCUGUUUUUGCAGGAUGCAUGUGGGCGACAUAUUUCACGACUUCUGUCUCGGGUGCGACAUUUGUGAUGGCACUCACCGGGUUUUGUGCGGCAGUUGGGCAAUGGGCAUCCUUUACCUUGCUCGCUGAAGCAAUCCUUUGCCACCCGUCUACGCUCCUACUAGAAGCUGAGGCUGCCCUGGAGCUUGGCUGUCACCUGGGGGAGCUAGGCCCAGAGCUCGAGCAAGAAUUCGGUGGUUCAGACACCGAACCGAUAGCUACACGUCGGCAUCGUCACAUAAACCGGGGUCCCCGCAGUUUCGAGGGUGGUAUGGUGGACGAUGAUUGCGACGAAAACGUAGAGGAAAUGGAGAGGAGGGAACUAUUUGAGGGAUGGGGCGAGGAUAAUGCCGAAUCUGAGGGAGAUUAUGAGAUUGAUGAUGCCCACACGAGUGGUGGUUUACAAUCGCAGACACUGUUCGACGCUGACACUGAAAAUGACUACCAGGAACGAGAGGCCGGACACAGGCGGGCAAGGGGGGGAGUGGAUGAUGGGAAGUACCGUAAACCGAUUAGUGACGAGUGGAAAGACGACGAACGCGAGGAACUAAUAAAUCCCGAAAAUCCUCAUUCUAGUGUUGGACGGCGGUCGCCGCGACUGCAGGAAGCUGAGGCUUUCGAGCCUGACUUACACCCACUUGUUCGUGGUCCUCAGCAGCGGGGGCGUAGAAGGUUUUCGGAAAGCAGGGGGAAGGGAAAGGGACUCAGUGCGCAGGCCGGUACAAUCCUUGGUAUACACAAUAUUUUCAUUGUUCUUCCUCAAUUUCUCGUGACAGGCCUGUCGUCAUUCAUUUUCGCUGUCCUAGACCCUGAGAAAUCCGUUCUCCAUGGACAUCGCCCCGGAAGUCCAAUGCCGAUUGGAGCUCCUGGAAAUGGCACGACUGGACUAGGUGUCGAUGUCGGAGCUGAAGGAACCGGGAACGGAUUGGCUGAGUUAGGCCGCCACCUGAGUUCUCGCGCGGUCCAGGUGGUAGGCGAAAAAGUAGUGCAGCAGCUUCUGCGCGCGCGUGCCGAAGGCGAAGACAACAUAGCAACAACAGGUGACCCGAACGCAAUCGCGGUGAUAUUCUCGUUGGGAGGCAUUGCUUCUAUAGUUGCCUUUGUACUUACGUGUCGUCUUGCACGAUGACUGAGGGUUGGUUUGUAGGCAGAGAUGAGGAUAAUAUACUUUUUCUUCUUGUGCAAUGA